AUGGACUCUCAGAUAGACAAGCAGGCCCUGAAUGAGAUUGAGACCCGACACACCGAGAUCAUCAAGCUGGAGAACAGCAUCCGUGAGCUGCACGACAUGUUUGUAGACAUGGCCAUGCUGGUGGAGAGCCAGGUAAAGUUUUGUUUUUAUUUGAAAUGUUUUUUAAAAAUGAAUGAAUUAAUAAACGCCCAGUCUUAUGCCAUUAGCCUUAUGUUGAGCACAGAAUCAAUUAGAAUCGGCCUACUCACACCAAUAUCAAGGGUGUGGUUUAAUUCUGCACCAAUGGCAUCAGUCAUUUUGUGAUGUUAAAAAUGAAAACAUUGGAGCAUCUAUGUAUCUUCGAACUGAGCCUUACAUCUUCCAUAAUGAAAUCCGUCAAACUGUGAUUUCGUUUUUACCACAAUUGACUGAGAACAGGGCAGAUAUUUGGAGCUGAGAGUUGAACAAAUGACAUUUAGCCUCAGGCGUGUGGGUUCACAGGCAUAUUUGAGUAAUUGUGCUUUGAGACUGGAGAAAUGUUGCAUGUAGUACCCUGUGACUAUUCUAAGUUUAGAUUGAGACUGUGAGUAAACACACUGUAGCCUAAACUAGUUCCACACCAAUGAGCAAUGCUGUGUAGCCAUUCAGAAAAGGCUCAGGCUACAACUGUAGCCUUUUUAUUUCCUGGUUUCAUCAGUGUAGCCAGCUCUCUGCUGCUAGUGUUCAGUUAUCUUAAUUAAUGAAGGGUUCUUACAGUAUGUUCAGGGUUGUGGCUGUACAUUGUGGUUGCACUAACAGUUGAAGUCGGAAGUUUACAUACACCUUAGGAAAUACAUUUAAACUCAGUUUUUCACAAUUCCUGACAUUUAAUCCUAGUAAAAAUGCCCUGUCUUAGGUCAGUUAGGAUCACCACUUUAUUUUAAGAAUGUAUGUAAACUUCCGACUUCAACUGUAAGUUGAAAUGGUAUAGCACAGACUUGCACCUUAAAAAUACAAAACACCUCACAUGAAUACUGGAUGAUAUUCUAGAAUUUUUGUCUUAAAUGUGUUGGUAACAUACUACAGUUUAUUCCCAAAGUUAUGACAAAUUAAUUAAGUAACAUUUUCAAAAAUCUUCAUAUUUACAGAAUAUUUAUUAAUAUUACAUAGCAUCUCUUUACAUUAUGUGAGAUACAAUAUGAGAAUACUAUGUUGCCAAUUUCGAUUCUCACUGUGAAGAAAUGACCAUUGACUUCCACUAAGAGCCUAUGAAUCUCAUCAGGACGACCUAAAUUAUGAAAUUGCUUCUGGGUAACAGGGAAAUAUGGUUUCUAAGUUUAGCUCAUGCACUAUAAACCGAUUAUUUCAUCCAAACUACAAUAGGGGGAAAACGCUUUUGAGUGACAAUUCUUCUCUUUCUCUGAGGGCUUUUCCUCAUGGACAAUAUGCUAUUGUGUGUGAUGAAUAAACAUAGGUACUUAGCUAAGCUUAUUUCAUUUAUGUAUCAAUACUGUUGUUUCCUUUGGCAACAUUAUGCAGCUCACAAUAUAAAAAAUCUAUCCUUUAGAUCAAAGACAACAUUUAGAUGAUAAGUGGCUUCAUCAAUAUGACUUACAGUACUUUGUCACUGAAAUAAAAAUGAAUAGAAAACAGGUUAUAUUUGUGCUAGAAACGUUGUUUGGAUUCAACAGAAAUACCACACAUGAGCCUUAAAAAAUAUGGGGGGGGGGACAUAUGCAUACAAUUGUUGUUGAGGCUGACUUAAAGUGGUAAUAGACAAGGUAUUCUCCUCAGUCUGCUUGCAUUUUGAUGACGGUGCAUUUUGCUGUUUACAGGGAGAGAUGAUUGACAGAAUUGAGUACAACGUGGAGCACUCCGUGGACUUUGUGGAGCGGGCUGUGUCUGACACCAAGAAGGCUGUCAAAUACCAGAGCCAGGCUCGCAAGGUAAGUCACAGGCUCUCCGUAUAGCAGGGCUAACGCAUAUAAUGUGUAUACGCAUAUAUACUGUACUUCCACAUGUUUUAUGACUGUUCCUUUGCUGUAACCCACAUCCCCCACCUACAUGAGGAUGUAUACAUACUGUACAUUCUAAUAUACAUACUAUAUGAAUGACAUCAUAUAAACACACAUACACACAUACUAAAAUAGGCACAGCAUCCUCCUACAGUCAAUCAUACCCCAAAAGGUUAAUGCCCACCACCCCCUCAUACUAUAUUAUUAAAGAGUACACACACCACACUCUAAUAACAAUAAUAUUCACCACCUCUUCAUGUACAGUACAUUUCCUCUUGGGCAUUCCACCCUCACUCACACAGUACCUUAAUGAUUAGCAAGCUACCAACCUCCACACAUGAUAGCUUUGGACACAAUGUACACACUAAUGUUUUGUAUAGUUAAAUGAAAUUGUCCCUUACCGUAAAAUGUGUUCAGAAACUGUCCCAUAGCAUGUAUACAAUCACAAGUCUCCCUGUGUCUUGCUAACACCAUCACUGCCUUGUUGUCCCCCCCCCUGCAGAAGAAGCUCAUGAUCAUCGUCUGCUGUACUAUUUUGGGAGUCGUCUUGGCGUCCACUAUCGGCGGAUACCUGGGCUUUUAA